CAGUCGUUUCACCUUUCGUCUCUCUUACAUAGGACGAGCCGCUCACUGAUCUUCUCAGACACUCCGGCAAGGGACUUAAUUACAGUAACAUUUGUUCUUGCCUCAAACCAUUUGUACACUUGAUAUAUUUCAGUGGCUCACCGUAACUACUCAAUAUAAUGAGGUUCCUUUAUUGACUUUGUCUGAUGACAUACUCGAAGGCCAGCUGUAGACAUUGGUGGCCCACAUAUGUAGGGGGAUAAUAAAAAAGUCUUGCUGCAAUGUUGCCUUCUCCGCUCCUCCUCGCCCGAUCUGUCAGGCUGCUGCCAGGCCCGAGUUGGAGGCAAGGCUGUCUCCGGUGCGCAUGCAGGAACAUCUCAGUGAAACCAGGAGGUUUGAAACCCCAACAGUACCCCCCUCGUUACCUGGGCCAGCCCAGUCCCUUCACCCACCCCCACCUCCUCAAACAUGGGGAGGUGACCCCUGGGCUGACCCAGCUGGAGUACGAGCUGCGCCGGCUGAAGCUAGCCUCCCUGGUGGAGGCGCAGGCGGAGCGGCUGGGGCCGGCCGCGCCCUCGGACUCCCACGUGGUGGUGCUGCUGUCCCACCCCACCCGCUACAUGACCAACGACAUCCCCUACCCCUUCCACCAGAACCAGGACUUCCUCUACCUCACGGGGGUCCUAGAGGCGGACAGCGCGCUGGUUCUGCACGGGACGGGCCGCCCGGACCAGGCCAUCCUCUUCGUGCCGCGCCGGGACCCCGCGCGGGAGCUGUGGGACGGGGCGCGGUCGGGGAAGGACGGAGCGGCGGCGCUGACCGGCAUCGAGAGGGUCCACUGCACCGAGGAGCUGGGCCUGGUGCUCCGGAGCCUCAAGGGCUCUUCUCUCUGGUACGACAGCUCCAAGCCGUCCCACCCCCAGCUCCACCAGACCCACCUGCGCCCCCUGCUGGAGGCGGGCCCCACGCCGCGCCCCGUCCGGCCCCUGACCCAGACGCUGCGGGCCCUCAAGAGCCCGGCGGAGGUGGCCCUCAUGCAGGAGGCCGGUCGCAUCACUGCCCAGGCAUUCAGGAAGACCAUGGCCAUGACACGGGGGCAGGUGGAUGAAGCCCUGAUCUUCGCUAAGUUUGAUUUUGAGAAUCGCGUCCAUGGGGCCAACUUCCUGGCGUACCCCCCUGUGAUCGCUGGAGGGAACCGCGCCAACACCCUGCACUACAUCAACAACAACCAGCUGAUCAAGGACGGUGAGAUGGUGCUCCUGGACGGAGGCUGUGAAUACUUCGGCUACGUCAGCGACAUCACCCGCACAUGGCCCGUGAACGGCCGGUUCUCGGGCCCCCAGGCGGAGCUCUACGAGGCGGUGCUGGAGGUCCAGCUGGCCUGUCUGUCCAUGUGCUCCCCCGGCGUGAGCCUGGACCACAUCUACAGCUCCAUGCUGUCCCUGCUGGGGGCGCAGCUGCGACGGCUGGGCGUGGCCAAGGCCUCCGCCAGCGAGGUGGAGCUGCUGAAGGUCGCCCGGCACUACUGCCCCCACCACGUGGGCCACUACCUGGGCAUGGACGUCCACGACACCCCCGAGCUGUCCCGCUCCCGCGCCCUGCAGCCUGGGAUGGCCAUCACCAUAGAGCCAGGCCUGUACAUCGCCGAGGACGACCGCCGGGCCCCCGAGCGGUUCCGCGGGCUGGGGGUCCGCAUCGAGGACGACGUGGUGGUCCGGGACACGGGGGGGCCCCUCAUCCUCUCCGCCGACGCCCCCAAGACCCUGGCGGACGUGGAGAGGGCCUGCGCCCAGCGCUAGGGGGGCCGAGGGGUCCCGGGGCCCCCCACCAGAGUGCACGUUGUCUCUAAAGUGUGUUCCGACGAAGUCUUCACGUGCUUGUGUUGGUGUUUGUUUUCUUUGGGGCGCAGAGAAAAACGCACUGAAGUGUCCACGUCUGGAACUCAAAGUAUAUUUUAUGGGAAAUGCGAUUAUUUAAAUUUUACAUUAAAUGAAACAGGUUUGUUAAACCUCAUGGAGUGGUGUCUCCAGGGGGGAUGGUGUUGUUAAUUUGCUUGAAUUCAAAAUGUCGGUUAACAUUGUUGUGAUGAUGGGGAUGAAGAGCUGGUCCUAAAGUUGAAGCCACCAGUAUUAUCUCAGCCCUACACUGGCCUCGACACCAUAUCCGCUACGAAGUCUACCUCCCUCGUUGAAAGGCGGUUUGGUAUCAAAUUCUAUGAAACAUCAAAUGAAAUGCCGUGAUUGUGCCCAUCGUGUCUACCCUUGCGUAGUCUCGUGUUUAGCCCGUGUGGCUCACCAAAGUGGCAUUGAUUGAACUAAAUCGCAGUUUUAAUAUAAAUGUAUCCCACUGUUUCGUGGCGUCCUAAAAAUAAUUGAUCAAUCCGUGGGACGUAAAACGGACCAUUAAGCGCAAAUAAUGAACAAUGGUAAUAUAGUGGUGCUAUUUAUUCUUUUUUUUGUUACAUUAAAAUGACAAGUGUAAACCAUUCGAUUUCAGCAAACGAAGCCUUUAAUGUUCAGAAGCACGUUGGGAAACAGCCUUUAAUUCAUGCCCGGUUUUGGUGGAGAUGGUGGUGAUCGUGGAGGCUGUGCACCGCGUCCACUGGGCGCUCUCUGAUUAACUUAAUGGUGACAUGUAGCCUACGACGCUCUUUGAUUUGAGUUUUAAUUGUGACAUGUUCGUCGUGCGGCUGAGCCGCUCUCUGAUGGAGCGCGACUGUCCCCUACAGAGCACCGCGUUACAAGCAGCACUCCGAGAGAACACGAAAGUGUUCCGGGCGAUCCCGAGUCCCCCACCCACCCCCCCACACGCCUAAUGUUGCUGUACCUCCAACCCUCCCCCCGUAUCAGAGGAGCAGAAACAACAAGCCGCCAUUUUGUUUGUGCGGACGGACCGUAAGAAACGGGAGACGCCGAGAGAAGAGAAGAGACCACAGCCGCGAACCGCCGGGCACACACGGGCGACAUCGUGUCUUGGCGUUAAAUGCGAACGUAGAUCGCACGAACAAAAGACGAGACGCGAGCGAAAAGGGAUCGGCGACCGAAGAAGGAAACAGCGGAUCCAGGGAAGGAGCGGAGAGGAGGAGAGGCGGAAGAGGGACAGAUACCACCGCGAAGGAAAACCUGCGAAGGAGAAAAUGAACGUGAAACCUCAUUAUGUGUCCAUUGCGAAGCCAGGAAACCGCACGCAUAGACCGGUGUACAGCUAGAUGUCCCCCGGGCUCCAGGGAUCGGUGGAAAGAGGGAAGACGGGCUUGAAGAAAAGGGGAAUCUGUUGGGAUAAACGCGAAGGGGGGCAUUCUCCAUCACAAAGAGUCAAUGAAAGGAUUUUUUGAACCCACAAUAUUUGGGGUGCAAGGAUGAUCUCUUCUUGCACAUCCACUGUUUUUCACUUCUAAAGAAGCCAUAUUUUGUGCCCGACGUUUUAUUGAAUUUUUGCCUAAGGUCGCAUUUGCUUGUUUUCUGGAGUCUUAUUUUUCAAUUUGCCUUUCGUGCAUGAUUAUACGCAGUGAGUGACAGUUAAAAAUUGCAGUAGUUAUAACCAUGCUAUUUUUCAAUCUGAGAAGCUUGCCAGUGUUUUCUUUGGUUGAAAUCGAGGCUCCAUCUCUUUAGAAGUAACCCCCUGGAACCUCGCCUGCAAAAUAAAACCAAUUGGAUCCUU